GACAUUUGCAUUUUUGUCUGGAUCUUCCUUCUACUGUCUGGCAAUGCCUGUGGAUUUCAGUGGAACCUGGAACCUUGUCAGCAAUGACAACUUCGAAGGUUACAUGGUGGCCUUAGGUAUUGACUUUGCAACACGCAAAAUAGCAAAAAUGCUGAAGCCUCAGAAAGUGAUCAAGCAAGAUGGUGAUUCAUUCUAUAUUCAUACCACUAGCACAUUCAGAGAUUAUCUGCUUGAAUUCAAAGUUGGAGAAGAGUUUGAGGAAGAUAAUAAAGGCUUGGAUAACAGAAAAUGCAAGAGCCUCGUUACCUGGCAAAAUGACAAACUCGUCUGUGUCCAGACUGGGGAGAAGAAGAACAGGGGCUGGACUCACUGGCUUGAAGGGGAUGACCUCCACCUGGAGCUUCGUUGUGAGAAUCAAGUAUGCAAACAGGUCUUCAAGAGAGCUUGAAUCUGUGCUGGGUGCUGCCUGCAGGGACAGCUCUGCACAGGAGCCUGGUGUCCAGGGAGGCUCUGCAGACAAGAACUGCCUCCUGUACCUAUUAGCCUGAAUGGUCUGAAGUUUCUGCCUCAGGAAAUAAAUCUGCUGUUACCAGUGUUAGAGGUCUAAUUUUUGCUAAUAAAUGCCCCAAACCAAACUAA